ACGAAAUCGCCGACCUUUCACGGCGUAAAACUGGAGCGUACGGGAUGACGAUCUACUCCAAGCACAGCGACGACUUGGAAGACCCACAUCCCAUCUACGAGCAAGACAAGUUCCUGAACGAGCACGGAUACGCAUGGGACUACGUGCUGGUGUUUCCCAUCUCGUCGGCGCAUCGGAAGCCGUCCAUCGAGGACAUCUGCCACCGGCUGCACGCGGCAGGGCUGUCGCUCAAACUGUUCUACUCGUCCGCUCCCAAGAGCAAGGCCUUGCGUCAGCUAGUGUUUUGUCUUGUGCGCGCGCCGCCGGACCUUCUCAAGAAGGAAGCUGACCGCAUCUCUCUCAACAUGCUCGUCGACGAAACCGCACUCAAGGAGGCGGCAUUGCAGGGUUACCCGCUGCAAAACAUCCAGCCGUUCCACAUUGUCCAGGACACGCAAAAUGUGCACGAGUUGCCGCCGUAUGCGUCCAUCCACGUCAAGUACUCGUGUCGCGAGGACAUGCAGCGAUUGUACCUGAAACGUGGCCCGCUAAACUCGUUGUUUUCAAGCACGCAGCGGAUGCUCCUCACGAAGAGCAUCAUGACCAACACCCACGGCGGCGCCGGAUUAGACCUGUACAAGAUCCUGCACAACAAGACCCUCGCGGCGUUCUACCCAGCGCAUGAGCCCACGGAGCGCUCCGAGCUCGCGGCGGCGUGGCUAAGCUGGCACUUUUGGCCAUGGCAGCAGCCGCUCCCGUCCAUCCAGUCGUACUUUGGGUCGAAAAUCGCCUUGUACUUUGCCUUUUUGGCACACUAUACGACGUGGCUCAUGGGGGCGGGCGUCGUGGGACUUGGGCUGUGGAUCCCGCAACUCGUGCUGCCCAACACGCCGCUGAGGGACCAAGUCGUGGUCUGCAGCUCGAGUGUGUUUAUCGUGAUCUGGGCUACGCUCUUGAUGAAGUCGUGGGGGCGCUACAACGCAUCCUUGGCGUUUCACUGGGGGACGACCAACUUUCAAGCGACGGAACAGCCACGGCCGCAGUUUGUAGGGCGGCUCGUGCCGAGUCCCAUCACGGGGCGACCGAUUCUGUCCUUUGACAAGCGCGAAAAGUUCAACCGCAUGUGCUGGAGUUGGCUGCUCCUGCUUGGCCUCAUUGGACUCGUGGCAGGACUCGUAUCGAUGAACUUUUACCUGCAAAACUACCUCAUUGAAGCCAAGUACGCUGUUCGAGUGGGCUCGUGGGAUGUUUUGAUUGGUGGCCCCGUGGCGAAUCUGGCCAACGUUGCCCAGAUUGCGCUCAUGUUUCAAAUAUAUGAUUCGGUCUGUGUCCAGCUCAACGAGAUUGAAAACCACGCAACCGAGUCUGACCACGAAGGUACGACGUACACACAUAUAUACACAAACAAUCACAAGUUAGUGAAUAUAUAUAUAUAUAUAUAUAUAUAUAUACUUAGGCGCGUUCAUCUUGAAGUCGAUUCUGUUUCACGUGAUCAACAACUUUGCCGCGUUGUUCUACGUGAUGUUUGUCAAGCGGUACCUGGGCGUGCAAUGCAUGAACCACGACUGUCUCGGGGAGCUCCGCAUUUCGCUCUUGUUCAUUUUUGGGCUGCAGAUGCUGUGGGGAAACCUGCAGCAGGUGUUGCUGCCGCGCCUGUGGAGCCUCUGGACGGCGUGCCGCGUCGGCCGUCCUCACUUUGACCACAUCCACCCCCUCGAAGAAGAGUUUUACCUGGCCGACUAUGGCUGGCUCGGCACAUUCUACGACUACCUUGAGCUCGUGCUUCAGUUUGGCUUUACGAUUCUCUUCAUUGGCGCGUUCCCAGCGACCCCGCUGCUGUCUCUUGUUAACAACGUGUGCGAGAUCCGCAUCGACGCAUACCGGCUCUUGAACGAGUACCGACGUCCUACGCCCCGCCAAGCGGCCACCGCCGGCCAAUGGGUCACCGUCCUCGAAGUGCUCGUGACCCUCAGUAUCUUCACCAACGGGUACUUUUUGGUGUACUCGUCCAACGUGUUUGCGUUUCAAGACAACACGAUCGACGGGGACUUAGCCAAGCUGCGGCUGUUCGUGCUGUAUGUGGCCACGCUGCUCUUGUUCCGGUAUAGCGUGUCGCGGUACUGGGAGAACGUUCCCGAAGCCAUUCAAGUCCAGCUCAAGCGCCAAGACUUUUUGUCGUCCAAAGUCCUCGGGAGAGAAGCCGACGAAGAAGCGCCCCAGUUUGUCCGGUCCGAGAGCUUUCAGUUUCGAAUCGACUCGAUCGAGAAUCGACGCGCAUCUGUCUAGGCGUACUACUAGUACUACUACUAGUAUUCCUAGCAUGAAUUAUUACUGUAUAUCAUCAGGGUGGCUUGCCCUCAACUAAUAGUUUGUGUAGCUCUUGUGGAGGGUGGUCACCAAGGUGGCUAUUCUGCUUGUGGUAACCAACCCAUACACCCAACACAGCUGCGAUACAGUCCGAGAUUGAAUGUUUAAAUAGUGGUGUUGGAUGAAAUUGUCGUUACACGUCGUCGCAUAUCCGGAGCCAGCACUUGGUGUCCUGGCAUCGGUGGAAUGCUUGCCCCGUGGCGUCGAGCACGACGGCUUCCGACACGACCACAUCCCCCACGUCCAUCCACGCCAGCACAUGGGCGGUCGAGGCGGUGGGCCACAGAGCGAGCGGCGAUCGCCGGCGGAGGCGGAACGUCAUGCGCACUUCCAUCGCUUCCACCAGCUCCAAGUCGGCUACGGCCACGUACGCGGUGUCCACCAACGACCCAAUCGCGUCGCCGUCGACUUGGACAAACGCGGAGCCACGCGAGAAGCCGACGAGGAGCGCGUGGGGGGCCAGCGGACGCGCGAGUUCCGGGGGCAUCGUGUCAUGCACGUCCUCGGACCAUAAGAUGCCAGUCUGGCGCACGACUCUGUAGACGUUCGGCGGUUGGUCCAGGGAUAGAUGGAAGCUCGGAGUGGGAUCGCCGUCAUAUGUGGGCGGUGGCGGCGGCAGCAGUUGGUUGCCACAGACAUGUGGUGGAGACGGAGGUGAAAAGUCGGACGAGAAGGCGGGAAAGAUCACGAUGGACGAAGGACUGAGUGGAUGAAGGGUGCGGAGGAAUUCGGCGAUCGCCUGCUUCAGCGCGUGGUUUGGCACCACUUGACGGAGACUCAACCGGCAGUUGGUCACGGGACUCUUGGAGUGUUUCGUGAACAUGCCGAGAAACACCUUGCGAUCUUUGAUGUUGGCGCGGUCGUACGAGUACCCGUCGGAAGCAACCACGGGGUCCAGCAUCGCCGUCUUGCCGAUGGGACAACAGAACGAAUUGAGUGAAGGAGAUAUGAGCGACGCGCGGGAGUCGUGCCGUGCGUACUCUUGAAUCGCAAAGCGGAGGGAAUGGUUCGGCACUAACCUGGACGACGGCAACGGUGCGUUCGUCGCGGGGCUCGUGACCUUCUGUGCAAACCACCUCUCGAUGUCCUCCCGCUCAUACGAGUGGCCAUCGCAUGCCACCACGGGGUCCUUCAUCACCUCUUGGCUGAUGGGGCACACAAACGACUCCAACGACCGCCGUGGCAUGUGCCUGCUGG